GCAGCCGGGGCAGCCGCCAGGGCACACGCGCUCAGAGCCCAGCCGCCGCCGCGAUGCUCUCUCCUGGCCUCCUGCUUCUGGCCUGGCUGCCCGCCUGCCUGGCUCGCCACAGCCUCCAACUCCGGGCGGGGGCCCCGCGCUGCUACUCGGCGGAGGAGCUGUCCCUGGGCCACGCCCCCCCACACCUUUUGGCUCGAGCUGCCAAGUGGGAGCAGGCUUUGCCGGUAGCCCUGGUGUCCAGCCUGGAGGCGGCAGGCCGCAGGAAGCGACAGGCGGGGUCCCCGGGCGGGAUCCAGUGCCAGGUUCUGCAGCCCGAAGAGGUGCUGGAAGCAGACAUCCACCAGCGCUCCAUCUCUCCCUGGAGAUACCGUGUGGACACGGAUGAGAGCCGCUACCCGCAGAAGCUGGCCUUCGCCGAGUGCCUGUGCAAGGGCUGCAUCAGCACCAAGACGGGCCGCGAGACCGCCGCGCUCAACUCCGUGCCCCUGACCCAGAGCCUGCUGGUGCUGCGCCGCCAGCCCUGCUCCCGGGAUGCCGCGGGGGCGCCCACGCCCGGGGCCUUCGCCUUCCACGCCGAGUUCAUCCGCGUGCCCGUGGGCUGUACCUGUGUCCUGCCCAGGUCUGUCCAGUGACCACUGACUCGGCUCCCCGACGGGCCGGUGGAGGCUCUCUCCAGAGAGGCCUGUCCUACUUGUGUAUUUAUUGCUUAUUUAUGAGCCCCCGGGGUCCCCGGGCAGGUCCCAAGGCCCCAGGCUUCAAGGUGGGAGCCUCCAGUGGAGACCAGGCCGGCCCCAUGCUGGGAGCUGCGGUCGGGCUCCGCCUCGAGACUUAGUUCACGCUGCUGCGUUAGCGGCUGGGCUGGAAGGCACGUUUUCGCUCUUGGAGCUGACGACCAGUUGACGGUCACCUCCACCCGCACGGCCCCCCGAGCUCCCCUUACCGCUCACCCCGUUGCUGGCCACCGGCUCCCUCGUCCCAGCCCCCUGGAACAAGCACCCCUGUGUCUCUGAAGCAAUGAUUCAUUUUUCAUAUGAAAAUGUGUUUUUUCACGGACACGGCCCCCAGAGCACAGCGUCGCACGGAGAAGACGGAGGGCAGCGGGGGAGGAGGGCCCAGCUGUCCUGCAGAGGCAGCCGCUGCCCGCUUCUGGCAUGUCCCCUCCAGAAAGGUCUGUGCCCAAACCCAAGCGCGCCCAGCCCAGGGUUUUUUUUGUGUUUCUUUUUUUUGUCUUUUGAGGCUC